AUCUCAACCAAGUGUAAAAAGUUUUUUUUAGUUUUUUUUUCAACGACGACUUCUUACAUAUUCUCAAUCUCUGUUUAGGAAAGAGAAAGAAAAGGACCAACAAAAUGGCUCCGCAGGCAAUCAUCGCACCGUCCAUCCUCUCUGCCGACUUUGGCAACUUGGGCGAGGAAUGCUCCAAGACCAUCGGACAAGGUGCCGACUGGCUUCAUGUCGACAUUAUGGAUGGUCACUUUGUCCCCAACAUCACCUUUGGCCCGCCCGUGGUGGCCAAGAUCCGUGGCCACGUCGACAGGCCCGAGGCCGCGCACGGCAAGGGCACGUUUGACUGCCACAUGAUGAUCGCGGAGCCCAAGAAGUGGGUGAAGGAGUUCAAGGCGGCCGGGUGCGACCUGUACUGCUUCCACUACGAGGCGGCGUUUAGCAGCGCGGCCGAGGAGCCGUCGGCCAAGUCGGACGCCCGGACGAGCCCCCGCGAGCUCAUCCGCUACAUCCACGACCAGGGCCUGCUGGCGGGUAUCGCCAUCAAGCCCGCCACGCCCGCCGACGUGCUGUACGAGCUGCUCGACUCGUCCGACGCCGCCGAGCGUCCCGACAUGGUCCUCGUCAUGACGGUCGAGCCCGGCUUCGGUGGCCAGAAGUUCAUGGCCAGCGAGCUGCCCAAGGUCCAGGCCCUCCGUCAGAGGUACCCCGAGCUAAACAUCGAGGUCGACGGUGGCUUGGGCCCCGGCACGAUCGACCAGGCUGCCGAUGCUGGCGCCAACGUCAUCGUCGCUGGUAGUGCCGUCUUUGGGGCUAAGGACCCAGCAGAGGUCAUCAAGGUCCUGAGGGAGUCGGUUCAGAAGCGUGCUGGGAAGAUCUGAGAGGGGGAAAGGAGGAUCUUGACAGUCUGGCACAGGGGCGAUGGGCAGCAGUGUACACGGCUAGUAUGUGGAUGCGGGUUGGCCGAGACGAUUGCUCUGGCUUCGACGUCGCAGUUACAGUUAUGAGCUUUUGCAGCUGUGAGGUUGAGUGUCUUUCUUGCUAUAUCCUUGACCCAGA